GAUUUAAUUUUGUGUCAGUGUCGUCAAGAACGAGCACGACGACGACGGGCACGGUUUGUUUAGUACAUGUACGACGGCGAGUGCGCGUGAUGUUGGCUGAGAGGCCCCGUUGCGGUCUAUAUUCACAGGAUUCUUGGCUGGACAUGUUCUGGAAACACGGUUCACGAUCAGUGGCAUGAUGCUGGGUGAUUGACAUGAGAGAGGCGAGUAAGGGCGGUGAGUUCAAUAUACCCUCAAAUAAGCAUUCAUUAGCCUCUUUGUCAACCUUCGAUGGCGGAGUCUAUCAGACCGCAACUCUCCAUUUGUCCCCUCGCAACAAUUCAGUUCUCUCGUACGCUCUCCCAAACCUUCUCACUUGCAUCUCCUCCUUACACCGACAAGCCAUCUUGCUCAUUGCUUCCCCCGACCCCCAAAUGCCCGCCUCCUGGUGACGGCGAUUCCCUUUUCUCCAUCAUAUCUUCAUGUCACCUACGAGUUCACCGAUUGUUCCUAGUCGAACUCGGCGUUCAUCUCACGUUCCCUCUGUCAUCGUUACAAAGCCUGCAGUAUUAUUGGACUCCUCACCGUUAGUCACUCUUUUUCCCGACAGACCCCAACCUGUGGUGACACCAGCGCCAUCAAUUUGUAGUACACCCAAUGUUGUGAUCAUUAAACUUGCAACAACCAUCGAAAUUCCGGACUACAAUCGUUUCUACAGUUCUGCGAUCAAUUCUUUCCGACCGACCUACAGCGCUCUACCUGACGGGUCGCUUGUGACCCCUCCACUCAUUUCUGACAUCAGGACAGCAAACUCCUGGCUACUCGUCUAUGCGACAAUCGGCACCUUUUGUCUGCUCAAUACGAUUACCUCAUUUCGUUAUGUCCGCAAGGGACAAGUCAAGAACAAGUUUCUGUUUUAUCUGCUUCUUUGCAGCCAGAUAUUGGGUCUAGCCGCCAUUAUUCCAAUGAUCAUUCCAUACUUUAGCCAGUCCGUUAGCUGUACUGCUGUUGGACUCGUAUUCAGAGUUGCAAUUUCCCUCUCGUAUAGUCUCCUGAUGACUGGAAUACUGGGUAUCAAAGCAUAUCGUUGCCUAAAUAGUUCGCGAAUAGUUCUUACGGUUCUUAUAACUCUCCGGAUGGCCAUGUUGGCACUCCUUGGUGUUGAUGCGUCGAGCUACCGUGGCCUACGACGGUUGUCAGGUAGUUGCCAACCAUCGGAACAGUCCAAAAUCCUACCUAUCAUAAUUAUUUUGCAAUCUGCUGAAGCGCUCUUCAUCUGCGGUUGCUUUUUGGUGGCUGUGUGGUUAGCUUCUCGGAGUCCUCUCAAUCAUGGUAGAUUGUCAAUCCAGGUUUCUACUACGGGAAACUCUCUUUCACCCAGUCAGCAGAAAACGCGUCGAGGAUGGUGGGACUACGUGCCUGACGGCAAUCCAAGUGGUGUCCUCCGAGCGGGCUCACCAACUUAUAGUCAGGAAGCCUUACGGAGACCGUCGUUGUUCACCACGUUCGGAGGGAAGCUCUGGAGCCUAUGUCCUCUUUCUGAUACAACAUCGGCGACCGUGGUCCAAGAAAAAGCAUCCCCGUCAGAAGAUCACUAUGCAAAUAGAUCACGACCUACUCGCACCUCAUCUGUUGUCUUUGCGGACGUCACGUCAGCACCCGACCGAUCCCCAACAGCGCGUGUGGCGGAUCUAACCAGAAUCCGUGCUACGACACCUGUCCCGCGGCCCCCGUCUGCUAUCAGUCGGAUCAGCAAGUAUAUGCCACGAAUGAAGCUCUUCAGACGCGUUCUCAGGGACGAGCUCCUAUAUACUGCUUUCACUACGGCGAUUUUUCUCGUUACGGGAAUUGUUAUGCUCGUCGGCGUCACAUGCAACUUCCUUCUCGGACCUUUAGGCUGGCUCAUCUUCAAUUGGGUAAUUGUAUCCGCGUUCACGAUGAAUAGUUUCAGCCGUGUUGUACGCCGACAUGAGAGAGAAGCGGUGCUACAACAUCCAUCUGCAUGGGAUCCAAUGUAUCGAGCGGAAUUGGAAGCCUCAAGAGUCUUCCAACAGGGACUGUCACGGCGCACAUUCUCAUCCGUCAGCGUCAUCUCCCGGAGACCGCGACGAAGAGACUGGUCGUCUUCUUCGGGCCCGUACCAAGACCUUCACAAUCAUUCCAGCUUAUACAGUCCAGCUGUAACAGAGCGCCCAAGUUCCGGCCCCUCGCAUGCAGGAUCUCGACCCUGGCAGACUGCCAGUCAGUUCUCAAGAACGUCCGUGUCGAUGUCAUGCAUGUCACCAUCGCCCAGUGUCGAGCAUAUUCCUGUGCCAAGUCAUUGGAAUGACACUGUGAUUCUUCCUUCUCCAGGGAUGGCAGAGUUUUCCGUCCCGCCCUCUGCGGAAUGCUUAGACGUGCCUUCAGACACAGAACGUAUCACCCGACAUCCUCAAACCCCUACGAGUUCUACAUUAACCAGCUUGCAUUAUACCAACAAAUUGCGACCUUCAUUUGACUCCCGGAAAUCACCAGGUGGUGUUGACUGAAGGCAGGACUUAGUUUAUUGAUUGCAUCUUACGUCUUCUUACUUUCAUCGCGUGAGCUAGGCAUGUAUUAUAAUACCAGUUCCGUUCUAGGAUCUUCCCAUGCAUGGCAUUUACCUGUUCGAGAAGGACAAUACGUAUGACAAGGAAAUCGACACGCAGGGAAGAAAGAACCGGAUAGGGAGUACCAGUGGAAAUGGUUGUAGGACUUUUGGAAAAUGGGUAGAUAGAGGUUGGAAGAUGGGGUGAAAAGGAAAGGAUGACGCAUGAAUAUACCCGCGGCAUUUCCAAGCCAGUCACUGAGCCACAGACAGGUCGGAAAGCAGAUGUGUAGACUUGCACUCGCCAGGAGAUUAAGUUAUCCAUCACAAGGUAUCAUCUAUGACGCCUGGGUCUUGAUGAACAGAGAGGCUGGGUAGGAUGGAGUGCCACUGCGAAGGUCAGUUGAUCGGGUGAAGAGCAAAAUGGUGGUCCAAAACCAAGGAGACCAAGCGCAGCAGACAUAGUAUCGCAUGCGUCCGAUCGUGAUCGACGCUUAAUACACCUACACAACUUUCUCACGGCGUCUCAUAGCUCUCUGAUCUCACCCAUGAGUGCAAAUGUAGAAGAAGACCGUGUAGUGUCUGUUCUUCCUGUAUACUAUUCAAAUACGCUUUCUCCGAACGUACACCUCCACCAAUAUCCUCUUCUCACUCGCC